CUCGUUUUUGGAAGUACCCGUGUCCAGUUUAAUUAUGGCCAAGCGAAGGACAACGCAGAGCUUGUUUUCAUCACAAUCUUCAAACAUCACAUUUUACACUGGGUGUGUUGUUAUCCUCUUAUUUGGCGUGUAUAUCGGGUAUGCUGACGCAGACCUGUACAACAUCGAUAUAUCCUGCCCUGAUGGCUGGCAGAAGGCACUCAACAACUGCUACCUAUUUAACCAAGACGAUCAGUUAACUUGGGACCAAGCAAGGACGGAGUGUUCCUUACGAAAUGCUGACCUAAUGGUUAUACGGACCAGGGAGGAAAUGGACUGGUUAAACAUACAGACAGAGUACUACAAGACAGACGGCUGGUGGGUGGGGCUACACUAUCGGAAUAUCUGGGACUGGGUCCAAUAUGGUGGAGACGACAAUCUGAUUCAGUGGCGUAACGAACCAGACAACUUCGAUAACCAGGACUGCUGUGCCAUCAACGAGUUCGGGAAAUUCAGUGACGAGUUUUGCCGGUCAAAGUUGGGUUUUAUCUGUAACUUUCCCAUCUCUAGAGGAAGUUUCUGCCCUACGACCAACAACUGGCUGAUGACUGACUCGGCUUGCUACUACAUCAGCCCGCUACUUAACAACUCGUUACAUCUCAACUGGACUCAGGCUAAACAGUUCUGCGCGAACCUCAUGCCCGCGAAUAGAUCAAGACUCAUGGCAUUCGCUUCACAAGAUGAUGUUGGUACCCUGCAGAGCCUCCUAUCCACGUAUAACCAAGGAGUUUUAUUGCCCUGGUGGACGGGCCUCAAUGAUCAAGCGACGGAGGGCAAGUACGUGUGGACGGACGGCACAGAGGCAAACGGAUCAUCUAUUCAAUGGGAUGUAGCUCCAAGCACCGAUCACUCCCAACGUCAGAACUGUGGCGUCAUGUAUCAGGGAGGAAGUAUUGAUGACGUCACCUGCAACAAACGCGCACACUACGCCUGCGAGAUGUCGGCAUUUCAAGGUUAUCUAAACCUUGGUUGUGGUUCUUGGAUAAGAGGGGGACAAUCGUGUUACCUGCUCGGCAAAGGGAAGUUACUCACAUGGAACGAUGCACGUGAUGCGUGCGCACGCGGAAACGCGCACCUGCUGAAAGUUGAUGGCAGCGAUGAAAAGGCGUGGUUGGAAAGUCAAACCUUCGGGUCAUACGGUUUUUGGACAGGACUUAUAAAGGCCGACAACUCCUACGGCUGGUCUUGGGCGGACAAAUCGGUACCUACAUCUGAACUUGUAAAAUGGAGUGUUGAACCAAACAACAAUGGAGGCAAGGAAAACUGUGUGGAGAUCCAUAGAGACGGGCUGUAUAAUGACCUGGACUGUAGCGCCAGGGCGGGGUACAUCUGCGAGUAUGCCCUCACAUUCGGUCAACAGUGUCUACCAGGCUGGUUUCAAUGUGAACAAUCGUGCCAUUACAUAAGCCCUGCCAACUACAGCCUCACUGUCACGUGGUACGAGGCCAAACAACACUGUCUUGACCUGGUUUCCGGUCAAGGACCGGAUGGAGAGUCAUUCACCGCUGGUCGAUUAGCAAUAAACGACAAGACGGAGCAAACGUGUGUGAAUACCCAGCUCGCCACUUUACCGGAAGGUUCUCCCGGAUAUUGGACGGACUUGAGCGAUCUGGCUGUCCGUGGAAUCUGGCAGUAUUCAUCAGCCACAGACAAUCCGCCAAAUAUUAACCUCAUAACCUGGGUACACGAGCCCAAUAAUGUCAACGGGAACGAGAGUUGUGCCGUGAUUUACGAGGGAGGCAACUACAAUGACGUCAACUGCUUCCAGAAAUUCUACUAUAUCUGUGAGCGGACCGCCACCACAGUAUCUUCAUCUCAAGCGGGACUUCGACCUUCUUGGCUGGUGCUGGUGGCGUGGUUACUCGGCAUCAGUUACCAAGUUGCAAAUAGGUCAUUGUGACAUGAUUUAUGACCUGGGGGCCGUGGUUUCAAUUGACUGGUGCAUUAAAUGGUUAUCUUAUGGCAGUAUUAUUCCAUUAAAGUAUGCAGAUGUAUUUAAUAUAUGUCAUCUUGCCAAAAUA